AAAGAGCAAGGGGAAACAUGUGAGCGCUCUGAGGAUCUAGUUGAGAGACAAUUUUGUGCUUACUUUUUUGACCCAAUGCACUGUGCUGAAACGGAUUUUAAAUCAGAAGGAAGGACACAAAUUAAGCUUACUGCAAUUCUCAGAGUUAGCUUAUUCUUUGCUUUGUUUUCUUUACGAGAGAAAAAUGUGUAUUUCUGGGGUAUGCCAUCAUAACCAGCACUACCAUUAAUUUAUUUUAAAUAACAUUUUUUUUCUUUAGCAAAUAUUUAAUUCUGAUUACUUUAUGCGUAUACCUUUAUUAAACUAAAUUAUUCUAAUCGUUUACCUGUGAUACAGCAUAUAGGUCUAUAUAAAUAUAGAGAAUAGAGUAUUUUGUAGGUUUGCACCGUUGCUUUCAACAGUGAUUUCUCUUCACAUCUUUUGGUUCCUACGUUUUUUCAAUAUGAGGCAUUUGAAAUUUGUACUCGUGUUGGCUAUUGCAGUCAACGUUUGGGAAUGUGGGGAUUCGAAAUUUGGCGAGAAGGGGGAAAUAAGCCCGAGGAGAAGGAGAUGUUACGACGGGAGCAUGCCCAAGCGACUGAAGAAGAGGGAAAGAAAACUGUCAGUGGACAGCGAUGCAAGCAGCGGGGAAGUUUGUCACAGGUUGUACCCUCGUGUGUCAUGCUGCCCAACCAGGCGUGCUGCUUAUCAGAUAGUCCACCGGCGUGAUGCCAGGAUCUUCUCUACCAAUAACACGGAGUGCAGCCGUCUCCUGGAGGAGAUCAAGUGUGCACAUUGUUCGCCCAAUGCCCAAGUGCUGUUCCACUCCCCCGAGUCGGACAAGGUCCCCCUCAGAGAACCCCACCUGCCACGCCUCUGCCAGGACUACUGCCGAGAGUUCUACUAUACCUGCCGCGGACACAUACCAGAGCUGUUCCAAGCCGAUGUGGAUGAGUUCUGUCAAUACUACGGACGGCGGGACGGAGGCCUGUGCUUCCCAGAUUUCCACCGAAAGCAAACACGGGGACAGGACUCCAACUACUUGGGAGAUGAGAAAGUCGAAGACAUCAACAGGAAGCACAAGCACAACUGCUACUGUGCCCAGGUGGUGCUGAGUGGGCUGAGGCAGCCAGUAGCCGUGGUGCACUGUGGGGACGGAUCCCAGCGCCUCUUUGUCCUGGAGAAGGAGGGCUUCGUCCGGGUGCUGACCCAUAACAUGGAGCUGCUGAAAGAGCCUUUUCUGGACAUCCACAAGCUGGUGCAGACCGGACUCAAGGCAGGAGAUGAAAGGGGUCUGCUAGGUCUCACAUUCCACCCCAAUUACAAGAAGAACGGCAAGCUGUACGUCUCCUACACCACCAACCAGGAGCGCUGGGCCAUCGGACCGCACGACCACAUUCUGCGCGUGGUCGAGUACACCGUCUCCAGGAAAAACCCAAAUGUGGUGGACAGUAGGACCAUGCGGAUGCUGAUAGAAGUGGCAGAGCUGCACAGGAAGCACCUGGGAGGACAGCUGCUGUUUGGCCCUGACGGCCUGCUGCACAUCGUCCUGGGAGAUGGCAUGAUCACCCUGGACGACAUGGAGGAGAUGGACGGCCUUAGUGAUUUCACAGGGUCUGUGUUGAGGGUGGACGUGGACACAGACUGCUGCACGGCUCCCUACUCCAUACCCAGGAACAACCCCUACUUCAACAGCACCAACCAGCCACCAGAAAUAUUUGCCCACGGACUGCAUGACCCAGGCAGGUGUGCCGUGGACCGGCAUCAUACGGAUAACAACGGGAGUCUCUUGAUCCUGUGCACGGACGCCAGCGGUAGGAACGCGUCUGCAGGGAGAAUACUGGCGAUCACUAAGGGGAAAGACUACGAGAACGAGGCGUCCAUCUUUGACCUGGCGACCAGUGGAGGAGCAGCACCUGUGGGAGGGUUCAUCUACAGAGGCUGUCAGUCCAGAAGGCUCUACGGGAGCUAUGUGUUCGGAGACAAGAACGGGAACCUGCGGAUCCUCCAGAAGGGCUCAGGGGCAGCGAGGGACCAGUGGCAGGAGAAAGCUCUGUGUCUGGGGACCAGCAGCUCCUGUGGCUCCGCUCUGGUGGGACAUAUCCUGGGCUUCGGAGAGGACCAACUAGGUGAAGUGUACAUCCUGGCCACCAGUAAAAUCAUGGCUCAGUCACACAGUGGGAAGCUCUACAAGCUAGUGGACCCUAAAAGGCCCGCGGCCCCUAAGGAGUGUCAGAGACAGGUGGAGGCCCCGGAGCUGCUGGGAACGGCCUGCUCACGGCAGUGUAAGAACGGACACUGCACCCCCACCGGGAAGUGUUGCUGCAGCACCGGCUGGGAGGGACCCUUCUGCAGAGUGGCUAAAUGCGAGCCGGCCUGCCGUAAUGGAGGCGUGUGUGUUGAGCCCCACAGCUGCCUGUGUAAGAGCGGCUACUCGGGCGCCCAGUGUGAGAAGGGCGAGCGGGGCAUGCCUAGCGACCAGGAGAAGGACGGCAUCCUGGACCACAUCAUAGACAUGACCUCGUACCUGCUGAACCUCACUAGCUACAUGGUAUAGGGGCAUGGGGAGGGGGUCCACUCCCACCGCAACCCCCCCCCCCGGCCCCCUUGCUCAACCACCGGAGAAGCCCAAGCAGAGCCUCCCUCCUCCGUGAUUCACCCCUGAGACACACCCCCCUGUCUGAACGUACCCUGUCCCCGUCAACACCCAGACUCUGGUCAUCUUCCUGCCCAUAAGCUCCGGUAGGCUACGUACACCAGGCAUCCGGGCCAAGCAUCCCUCCAGAGACCAUCACACAGACAGACACAGCAACGUGAUGGUUGAAUGCAUGGCAAUCGUCGUCUACGGUCUAAUGGUUGGACCUCCACCGUGGCUACAUAAGCUCUUUUAUACUCUUCUUCUCCAGGAGAAAGUUCUUCUCCUCUCUCUCCCACUCUGGAACCCCCAUGCAGAUGACUUGAUAUUAGCACUGCACCCCUGCUGAGAACAGAGGGAGACCCCCUCGCGGUUCUCUCCACACAACAACAAAAAAACAGCGGCCAUUUUGACUGAAGACUUACAGAGAAGGGGAGUCGGCUGAGCUGAAACACAGCGAGGCGGGCGGAGGCGUGGUGACUUAAGUUAUCCCCCAGGACUGGAGAGUGGACAGCCUAAUACUGGGGGUUAGCUUUGGGUCUACCUUUACCAACACAACACAGUCUAUAUACAGCCUUUAAAUGAACAUGCCAAUCUCUUCAGCAUCAGCAAUGCAAUAAUACUGACACUGACUGAAGAGUUUCUGAUAAUCUUACUGUGCCGUGUAUAGAGCCCCAUACAGAGUCCUGUACUAUCUUGUCUAAAGGCACUAAUAUGAACGACCAAUAGACCAAUGUCACAGUAAUAAUAAUGAUUAUUGUUAUUUUGACCCACUGUUUUCUCCGGGUGAUGUUUUGUGGGCACAUCUUCAUAGAAAAAGCUACGUUAUGAUACUUCAUGAUACAGCGGUAUAGAUUUGUUGUUCAUCGCUCACUUGACAUGCUGCCAAUGUACAGAAUGGAUCCAUAGCUGAAGAAUGAGUGUCUUUGGACUCAACAGGUAUCUAUAGAGUUUAUAUGGCUGUGUCCCAAAUGGCACCCUAUUCCCCGUAGAGUGCACUACUUUUGACCAGAGCCCUAUGGGCCCACGUCAAAAAUAGUGAGCAUCAUACGGAACAAGGGUGCCAUUAGGGACAGAGUCUAUGACAUUGUUAGGAUAGAGCUCGUAGCUUUGCUCUCCCAAUGUCAACGCCAGUUUGAUACAUUUGAAAUGGAGUCAUCAACUCCACGCACUGUAAUGUCAUGUUUUUUGUGUUUCACAAUCAAAAGGGCAGACGAUUAUGUUGGGACUAUAGUACGGUGUCAUACAGCAGUGACGUUGUCACACACUAACACAGUGGCACGCAGCAGGUCAAAUGAACACACACACACACACACACACACUAACACAGUGGCAUGCAGCAGCUCAAAUGAACACACA